CAAACAGGUGAUAUUUCAGAAUGAAGAGUGCUGCUGUUUUUCUGGGAUUGCUGCUCUGUCUGUACGGGACAUGGGCUCAAGGGGAAAUUGGAGGGAUACAGGAUGUCAAAGCAACCCAUGAUCAGAGCAGUAGCCAGAACAACACCUGCCCUGACAUCUGGGCUGAGCUGAAGGAGCUGAGAGACAUGACCAUAGAACAAAUGGUGGAGCUCCGGAACAGCAAGAGCAAGAUAGAGAAGCUGGAGCAAGAGAAUACAGCCACACAGGCCAGACUGACAGCCAGUGAAAGCAAGAAUGCAGUUUUAGAGGCCAGAAUGAGCUCCAUUGAAAAUGAGGUGGAGGAACUCAGGAGAGAGAAUGCAGAGCGUCCAAAGGUGGCGUUCACAGUUGGUCUUACUGACGCGGGAGAAGUCGGACCCUUCAAUACUGAUACCACACUUAAGUUCAGUAAAGUCUUCUCCAAUUUCGGCCUAGCCUACAACCCAACUACAGGUAUCUUCACAGCCCCAGUCAGAGGAGCCUACUACUAUAUCAGAUUCAAUGGGUGUGAGGCACGGUCUUUACAGACAGUACAAGUUGCACUUUAUAACAAUGAUAAGCUCAUUACUAAGUGUUCAGAAAGCAAUGACAAUAUGUGGCUCACUGUGUCUAAUGCCUUUGUUCUACAACUGGAAAAGGGAGAUAUGGUCUACGUGGUUCUCAACUCAGGCCCCGGUAUUUAUGAUAAUUUGUAUAAUCGUACAACUUUUAGUGGAUUUUUCCUUUUUUCUGUGUGAGGUUGCAAAAAAAACAGUCAAUUUCUUCAUCU